AUGUCCACCCAAACCCUCCUCCGCACCCUAACAGCCCUCACCACCAUCAACCUAGCCCUCUCAGGCACAAUCCACUACAACACGAAUUCCAAACUAGAGCGCAACCACGAAGAAGCCGAAGCCCGCGCAGACGAAAUCGAAGGCACGCUGCGCGGGCACAUCGGCCUGAUCGAGGAGAGUCUGGAGCGGCUGGAGGGGAAGGGGGGUGGGGGGUGGGGGCAGGGGAUGGGGCAGAAGACGGAGGAGAUGUACUCGAGUAGAGGGAGGGAUGGGAAAUAG